GAGUCAGGAUGUAAACAGUACCCACAAUCCCCUUCAUCUCCUUCACUCCCGCUGCCGCCAUGGGGAAGGAUAUCUCUCACAAACACGACCGAAAAGUGAAGCGGCGGGAACCCAAGUCGCAAGAUGUUUACCUCCGUCUGCUGGUCAAGCUGUACCGGUUCCUGGCGCGGCGGACGUACUCUCGCUUCAACCAAGUGAUCCUGCGGCGACUCUUCAUGUCCCGCACACACCGCCCCCCCAUCUCCCUGUCCCGCCUGGUGCGCCUCACCAAGAAGCCCGGACGCCAGGGCAGGAUUGUCACUGUUGUCGGCACUGUCACCGAUGACCUCAGGCAGUACGAGGUUCCCAAGCUCACGGUGUGUGCCCUGCGUGUGACGGCUCGUGCCCGGGCUCGCAUUGAGAAGGCUGGCGGAGAGAUCAUCACCUUCGACAUGCUGGCCAGACGCGCUCCCACUGGCAAGAACACUCUGCUGGUGCAAGGCUGCAGGAAGGCUCGUGAGGCAUGCAAGAGGUUCGGACCCGCUCCUGGCCUGCCCCACAGCCACACCAAGCCGCUGGUUCGCUCCAAGGGCCGCAAGUUUGAGAGGGCCCGUGGCAGGAGGUCCAGCUGCGGCUACAAGAAGUAAACAAAGGGAAUGUGUACGCUGGAGUGGUCUCUCGGUAAUAAAGACUGAUUGUUUUACCGA